CCCAGAGACCCUCAGAGCUCCAGGACGCCCAGUCUCUGUGCUGCCUGCAGCCCAGACCCAGGAGCCCGGACACGGACACGGACCCUCACCCUGCUGCUCCUCCCAUCCUCCUUCUAAUUCUCCUCCCGAAGCCUCAACACCUGUUUGGAUUACUAACGGAUGGGAAAAACAGAGUCAAGUUUUAAAGUGAGUAACUUGGAGGUGUUGGGAUUUGGAAGAGAAGAGCAGAGAAGAGAAGAGAAGAGAAGAGAAGAGAAGAGUCGAGUCUGGACCACAAACUUGGAAAACGACAGGGUUUCUCCAUAAUUGGAAAUAUUCUUAAACUGAGUUUCCUGUAACACGCUUGAAGUAAUUUUAGAAUUUUUUUUUUAUGGAUUUUUGACUUUGACAAACAAACUGUUUUUUUCAUGAUUUUAUGGAUUGCUAGACUUCAUUAAUCUAACUGAAAAGUUUUGGAAACUUAACUCAUUUGUAUCCAGAGUAUUGGAAGUUUCUGGGAACAUUGUUGGAACUUUAUUGACUUUAUUGACAGAAUUAGUACUAACAGGUAGUCCUCAACUGUUCUGGUUUGAGUUUAAAAGGAAACUGUCACAUUAAAUUCUGCAUCAUGGCUCUGUCGGUCGGUUUGUGGCUGUGUCUGUAUCUGUCGCUGCUGGUUACCAACGCAAAGAGUCUCGGGCAACAUGACGGGCAGCAGAGCAACAAUGAUAAACCUUCCUCUGCUGUCAAACCGAAGUCCCUUUGGACCAGCCAACAGGCCAAAUCCCAGGAUGAUGCCUACGCCCCUGACAAGAGCCACCCCCUCCCUGAGAUGCUGGACCUGGACCUUGAAAGUACCCGGCGCCAAGCCCGUGGUGCAGAUGAGGACGAGCAACACUCCACCUUUAGCGAUUCCUUCGACUUGGAUUGGGUGACGACACCUCAAGUCACCGAGUUCGGCAACACAAUGACCCCAAUGGCAGGAAACGGGGAUCAUGAAGAUGAUAACCACAACAGAAACAGCUCCAGCACCGACCACGAUGCUCCAGGACUCUUCAACCCCUUUUACCCCCUGAUGGAGAGCUCAUACGCGGCCUACGCCAUCCUGUUCCUGGCUGGCCUGGUGCUGGCAGUGGGCGUAGUUGGAAACAUGGCGGUCAUGUGCAUCGUCUGGAACAACUACUACAUGAGGUCCGCCUGGAACUACCUGCUGGCCAGCAUGGCAUUCUGGGACUUCCUGGUCCUGGUUCUAUGCCUUCCUGUGGUGGUCCUCAACCAGCUAUCCCAUAGGAGGAUCCUAGGUGACAUCACUUGUCGCAUGGUGCCUUAUAUGGAGGUCGUGUCUCUGGGCAUCACCUCCUUCACUCUGUGCGCUCUGGGCAUCGAUCGCUUUCACGCCGCCACCUCCUCCUCCCAGCCGAAGGCUCGGCGGGUGGAGCGCUGCCGCUCGGUGCUGAUGAAGCUGCUGCUGGUGUGGCUUUCUGCUCUGCUGCUGUCCAGCCCUGAAAUCUUCCUAUGGCAGCUCAGCCAGGCCGUGUCUCCAUCCACCGGCCGGCUGGUCGACUCCUGCAUCACGCCAUCCUCUCCUUUGUCCCUCUACCUGCCCGACUCCCUUCACUCCCUGCUGCUCAGGUAUCAUCAGGGUCGUAUGUGGUGGUGUUUCGGCUGCUACUUCUGCCUCCCUGUCCUCUUCACCAUCCUCUGCCAAAUGGCCACCCGCAAUGUCAACAGCGACUCCAGCUCCACCCAAAAGCAGCGUAACCUUGACGAGCGCUCCAACCAGAAGCGUCAGCAGCACCAGGCCCUGGAGCGGCAGCUGAACUGCACUCUGUUAGCUCUAGCUGUGGUGUAUGGGGUGUGCGCUCUACCUGAGCAUGUCUGCAACAUCACGCUGGCCUACAUGCACAUCACCGUCUCCGAAGACACCGCCACCAUGCUGACGCUGUUACAUCACUUCCUGUUGUUCUUCAAGUCAUCGGUGACGCCGGUGUUGCUGCUGUGCCUGUGUAAGGCUCUUGGCCAAGCCUUUAUGGACUGCUGCUGCUGCUGCUGCCAGGAGUGUCAGCCAACCACAGCUCAAGGCUCUCCAGGCUCUGCCCAGGUCAAACUCAAGGGAGCCAAUGAGACGAUCUUCUUUGAUAAGGCUAAAGACACGUCAGCGAUCUUGUCCAUCUCUAGCUAGAGCCACAAGUCUGUCUCUGACCACAGAUCAUCUCUUCUUCUCUUAGCUCUUCCUCCUUUUCUCCUCCCUACAACAUCACCUGUUUACCCUUCUAUCUGUUUUUCACUAGUCUGAACAUAUUUUUCAACUUUCUGUUUUCUUUCUAUUCUGCUGGGCCAUCGUUUGUAUGAUAGUCCUCUGUGGACUCAGCGUUACCCCCUUCAGCUUCCUGUCAGUGCAGGAAGUGAUGUUUAAUUUGUAGUGAGAUGAUGUAGUGAAGAUGCUGUACUUGCACAACCAGUUGAUGUGAAUGCAGGAGCCUGUUUCAGGACUCUUUGAAAGAACUCAUCUCUCUGGCCUCUUGCUGCACAAUAGAUGGAAAUGAGAUAUUCCUGGAAGUCUUCCUCGGUUACACUCCUUAGAUUGAUAUUACGGGCUCACGUGUUUUUGUGUUCGAUGGAACAUUAAAUUAAGCUCAUUUAUAUGCAACAUUAGCUUGCUGCAAGGCACAGGAGUUUGCUGCUACGAUAAGAAGUGGACUCCAUUGACAAUUUUAACAGGAACAUUUGUUCUGCUUAAUUAGAAAUUAGAAGAAUUAGAAUUGUUCUGCUUAAUUGGAAAACAUUUAAAUUUGUUUUUUUAAUUUGCUGGAAAUGAUUGAAUUGAAACAUUUCACAGAGACAGGCCAGCCUGGAAUUGCUUCAUUCCUUGGUUAAACAAAUGUUGCUGUUGAGGCAGAAAUAAUCCUGUUCCAUGAAACGGGAUGUGAAUGAUCUUGGUCACUGCAGGAUCUGCAUUUUGAGGAUUUAAUAUUUUUCUCUAUCAACAGUUUUCAGGCUCAGUCAAAACACAAUGAAGCAUUAUGUAGCGUUACAAAAUACAUGUCCACAAAUCAGUCAUCUAAUCGUUUUCAUUGUUUUCCCCAAAAGCCAAAAACCACAUAUUCCGCAGCACAGGGUAGCAGGGGUUAGGUUUGGGCUGCUUUUCACUGAUGAUGACUUACAGAUGGUAAGACUAAUCUGAUGGAUAGUCACAGUUCACCAUUUAUCUGCAUAAAUGGUUAGCACACCUGGACUCAUCAGUUUAUCUAUUUUCUGCAGCAGGUUUUUAAAAAUGUCCGAAAUUCAGAACUUCAAACAUUCCUCAGAAUCAGAAUCAGAAUCAGAAUCAGAAGGUUUUUAUUGCCAUAUGGGUGAACAGGUUCACA